AUGAAAGACACCCUCAGCAACGCCAACUUCCCCCUCACCUCUACAGGCGCAACCUACCACCUAGGCUGUUCCCCCGGUCAGCUAGCCAACCGCAUAAUCAUCGUAGGGGACUUCAGUCGGGCCCGUCGAAUCGCCGCCCUUUUCGACGACGCCGCUUCCAAGCAAGGUAUCUUUGAGAACCACUCCUCGCGCCAGUUCCUCACCCUAACGGGCACCUUCCAUUCCACGCCAGUAAGCGUCGUAGCAAUCGGAAUGGGCUUUCCCCUUGUCGACUUUUUCCUCCGAGAGGCGCGUAAAGUCGUUCAAGGGGAGAUGUGCGUCAUCCGGCUGGGCAGUUGUGGGUCCCUCGACAAGACCAUCGGACUAGGGAGUGUCGUGGUGCCGCGGCGAAGUCACGGGGUCGUGAGGAACUACGAUUGGUUCCACGAGGGGACGAGCGAUGAGGAGCGCCGAGGUAGCAAGCCGUACCAGGUGACGCGGGGCAUCGACGUUGAGCCCGGGGUGCACGAUGCGCUAUUGGCCGAGUUGGAGGGCAACAAGCCUGCAGCGGAUGAGGAGCUCUUCAACGGUCACCCUCCGUCCUGCGUGGGUGGCGUGGUCAAUGGGUCGGCGGACUCCUUCUACUCUUCGCAGGGAAGGAGUGAUCCAGCUUUCUGGGAUGAGAAUGAGGGGUGGGUGGAGGAGAUGGUGAAAGGGUGGGGCAUGCAGACGCUGGAGAUGGAGACGUUCGUACUGCAAUCAUUGGCGCAUUCGGCUAAUAAGGCUGCGGAGGCUCAGGGCAAGGGGGAGGAGCAAAGAGUCAGGACAGGGGCGGUGCAGAUGAUCUUCGCCAACCGGCACACGUCCGACUUCAUCAAGCCGCAAGAGGUCGACGUACUAGAGCGAUGGGCGGGGGAAGCGGUGCUGCGCACCUUGAUUGGGGGCGUCGAGCUGCAUCACACGAUGGACGACGGGGUGUGGAACAACCAGGCGCACAAGGCGGAAAAGUAG